CCGCAAUCGCUUGAGGUGCAGCCUGGAUUUGGGCACUCGCGGUAAGCUCUCGACUUCCGCAAUCGCUUGAGGUGCAGCCUGGAUUUGGGCACUCGCGGUACGCUCUUUCAACUUCCCAAUCGCUUUGCUGUCAUAGUCGCUCCGCCGCCGGACACCCAGCAGGCACACCUGAGGCACACCUAAGGCACAUCAAGAUCUCCUUCGCAAUUGCCAAACUCCAUCCUCUUUCCUCCCUCGCUUCCUCAAUUGAUCAACAAAAACAACGAACAAUCACCAUGCCCCAAAAACGCAAAGUCGACGAAGUGAUAGACCUCGAAGCCGUGGGUUCCUCCAUCUCCUCCCCCGCCAUCAUGUGCGCCAUCUGCCUCGACGCCUUGCAGUGCCCGUUGGUCUUUAACAGCUGUAAGCACGUCCUGUGUUUUGAAUGCAUGCUCACCGACGAAACGAACAGUACAUGUGUUCUCCCACGCUUCGGAUUCUUGCUUGUUUUCGGUACAUUUUCGUCUAUGAAAUGCCAUAUGCUAUUGAAAUGCCAUAUGUCGUGUUCUGAUGCCGGUAGCGGAGGAGAAGGUGCUCGAUCACCUGCGAGAGGCGAUCUGCGCGGCCGCCGCCUUCGUUGAAGUAGA